GUGGCGUAACUCGGACGAAAUCGGGAGUUUUUUUCUGCCCCUCCCUUAAUUAUGAUCAACCUUUUUUCAUUUCUAGUCCUGUUGUCAAGUUGAGGUAGUUCUGGUGUUUUGCUUUUGGUUAAUAUACGGCAUGAAGAAGUUUUGAGUUUACAAUAUAGGCGUAAUAGCGAAAAAGGUAAUAGCGACAAGUGUCCACGAACAGCUUUCAAUUCAUUUCGUUUUAUAAAUUCCUCUGAAUCUUGUGUUGAGUUCUAGGACAAGAAAAUGGCGACUUCGACGACCGCUAUCGGCGCAUUGCGCGUUGGGCUCGGACGGGCGUGUGGGAGCAGUUCUCAGCAGGGGAGAAGCUUUUUGGCCUCUUCUAGGUUGCCCGCUAUUGACGGUGGACCACGUGCACCACAUCUUAGCCCGACAAGAACACAGUCUUUAGUUCCAUCGUCGACGUCGAGGUCCUUUGUCACGACAACAGGAGGAACGUUUUGUGAUCGAGAUGUAUCUUCACGACAUUUCUCCUCAGCUGCAGCAACAUCAACAACCUCGACUACAGCCUUACCCGACGGUUCCGAUAUUAGAAUUCUACCCAACGGCGUGAAACAGCUGAAAAAAUUGCUCGAGAAAGACCCAGACAGGUCACUGAGGCUCACGGUAAAUAGCGGUGGGUGCUCUGGCUACCAGUACGAGUUCAAGAUGGAAAAAACGAGGCAGCCGGAUGACAUGUACUACAAUUCAUGUUUUAAAAUAGGCAGGACGAGCGUAAAAGACCUGUUACACACACACUCUACGAGCAUAAACGUCGUAAAAGACCACUGCCCUCGACAGCACUCUAGAACACGAAGUUUUGAUGUUCCCUUUUCGAGUCCUCUCACUGCAAAGGCAUCAGCCUUCCACUCAGCUGCGGCGUCUGCAGCAGAUAUAAAGGCUCCUCCUAGUAUUUCUUUGGGGACCUCCUAUGGGGGUGGAGGUGCCCCUUCUGGUGUGGGUUCUAGUUCAUCUUCUUUGCCUGGUCCUUCCUCUACGACUGCGAGUGGCCUCUCUUCUAGUUCAACAUCCUCUCGUUCCGACGGGUCAACAACGGGGGGUUCGUCAUCGUCCAGCAUGGGAGGUUCGUCAACGGGAGGUGAAGGUCGACAGCCAGGUACAGGCUCCGGGCCUGACUCUGCGACACCCGAACCUCCUCCUGAGACCUUUUUCGAUGUCUAUUUGAAGAGCCUCCUCGUCUUCACCUUCGUCUACGAUAUGAUCCUCAAAGACUAGAGUUCUCCCCUUCACCUUCGUCUACGAGGACAGCAUUCUUAAAGAGUACUCGGGGAAGCUUGUUCAAGUAGAUCAACGCGCUAUGACAACUAUCAACAUUCUUAGUCGUGGUCGCUCGUUGCCUCUACAUCUUCACAACAUCUUGGAAACAACUACAUCUCAAAGAUACCAACAGCAGCAUCAUCGCCUUUAGACGAUGAACGUCAAUUACAGCUCAACUAGAUCCACACCUCCCAUCGACAUGAGACAAACAUCAACAUCAACCAAAAACAUCCACAUCACUGUCACAAUUACACCUCAACAACUAUCAACAUGAAGCACACCUCAACAACUAUCAACAUGAAGCUACCCAUAAGACAUCCGCAUCCUCAACUACACCCAUAAAACAUCCACAUCAGUGUAAUCGAGCAAGACGGCGUAACGCUUUUGGUGGAUGGGCUUUCGCUGGAGUUUCUGGGUGACUGCGAUAUAGAUUACACAGCGGAGAUGAUACGCGCUAGUUUUCAGUUAUGGCUAUAGAUGAUUCAUCUUUGUUGAAGAUGAAAACUGCAUGUGUGUGCAUCCUUGAAGUCAAUCCUUGUGAAGUUGAAAAGUAUCUGUAUCUAUGGGGGAGUGUCUUGUUCUGUGUCUUGCUGAAGGUAGAGGAGGACCUUUUGAGACAUAAUGAUGAUCUUGUUCUGUGUCCUUGUUUGCAAAGUAUGUGUAUAUUAAGGUAACUACUUAUAACUCCUUUCUGCGAUCUACAUUUCCUUUUCAAGGGUACAAACAUAAAAAAUAAAAAGUAGAUCUACAUUCCUCUUCAAGGGUACAAACAUAAAAAAUAAAAAGUAGAUGAAUCAGACUUGGGAGCUCUAAUCCAGGUAGUCAAGAACUCUGCAGCUGACAACGGAUGCGGAUGCGGAGCCUCUUUCAGUGUAUCGGCUGGCUUUUGAAGGGUGACGUGAUCGAAGUUCGGAAGGGAGGGAUGAUGACGCCACUGAUCCGUAUUUUGGUUAGUUCUUCUAUUAGCAAGGUUAGUAAAAUUGAAAAACCUACAAUCUAUUUCAUACACCAUUAUUUUUCCUGCUCUUCAAGAAGAUCGUUCAUGUUCAUCGUGGAGAUAGUAUGAUGAAUUCCUACUCCUGAAGCUGAACGAGGUAGUACAGAAUGAGAUUAUCAUCAUUGUUCGUCUCAGUAUUUUUUCCCAGAACGAGGAAAUAAUCAAUCUUGAAACAGAGAACUUGAUGUCUUGAUGUUCAUGUCAUCCCCAUGGCAACACAAGGACCCCAUUCUCACAUGACACAUGUUGGCCUGAUGUUGACUGACACAUACUGUAAUUAUAGUAUUUCUGAAAGUGUGUCGUGCGAGUGCGUGUUCACUACUCACAGAUACAUAUUUAUU